CCUCGAGCCAGACUAUCCGACAGCCCAACAUGCUUGCUACUCGCACCUCGGCCCUUCGCCUCGCCCGCCAGGCCUUCUCGCCCCUCUCGACCUCGCCCCGCGCGUUCACCUCGUCGGCCGUCGCCAACAAGCACAUCCUCAACGCGACCCCGGCAGACUUUGACGAGCUCGCCGUCAAGGGCACCAGGCCUGUACUCGUCGAUUUCUACGCAGACUGGUGCGGCCCGUGCCGCGUUCUCGGACCCGUACUCGAGAAGGUCGUCACCGACGAGUCGGGCGCAGACCUCCUCAAGAUUGACACCGAGGAGCACGGCGAGCUCGCAGCAAAGUACAAGAUCACGGCGCUUCCGACCGUCAUUGCCUUCAAGAACGGGCAGAUUGUCGCCAAGAUGGUGGGCGCAGCAGGAGAGCCAGGCGUGCGGGCCUUCCUCGAGAAGGCGACCUCUGCGUGAGCGAGGGUCGGUGUGGAACAAAGCGCUGGAUCGCUGUCA